AUGGAGGAGGCAGGCUUUAAGGAUGAAGUGGAUGGAGCCAGGGCAAAGGACAACAGCAGGGAUGGCACUGCUGGCCAGACCACAGAGAAGGAUUUGGCUGGCAUGACGAAGGAGGCAGCCUUUGUAACAGGCAGCGAGAGUGCUCCACCAUGCAAGACCCUGCUCAUCUGCUGCGCAGACGGUCUUGAUCAGGACACCUUCAAAAUUUGCAAGGACCUUUUCAGACCCUUUAAGAAGUCGCUUAGGAAACUGCAUUUACCACAGCACCUCCCCACAGAAAAAAAAAAGAAGUACACGAAGAAAAGUUUGACCAUAAUCGGGGACCGCAUGGAUCUGUUUCUCCAACAGUACUGCAGAGCCUCGCAAGUCAAGCACUGGCAGAAGGGUCUCAUCUUGAUGUUGUGGCAAUUUGUCUCCCUUUUCUCAGAGAUGGAUGGAAAGCAACUGCAGAACCUAUAUAAGUACAUCAAAAACAACCAAAUGGGUAAGUUUCUGGCAAAUAAUGACCACGAGCCUGCACAUACAUCAGUGUUCUUGGGAGAUGUAGCAGCUGCCAUCCAUUCAUCCAGGUCGAGACAGCUGCAGCCCCGUUCAACUGCUGCUGCAGGAAGAGACUCAUCCAAGAGCUGA